UCUCAGAAACCAGGAGCUGUCAGAGGGGGAGACCGCUGCCUGCACCUCCGACAACAACCACAGCUAUGUGGCUUUAGUACUUCAUCAGGACUGAAUCAAAACUCAUCGCGGAUCCACCGAGUCUCCUCCAGACGGUGUGUAGGAUCGUUUGUUCGGACAUGUUUUCUUAAAUUACUGCGAGCUAGCUGGUUAGCUUCGGGGUUAGCUUGAAGAUUGGCACGUCUCGCUAAUUUCCCGACCCGAAAUUCAAACUAAGUCCAGCAUAAAGUAAUAACAUCGGCGGGAUUUACAAUCAUUUUGGACAUCUUAAAAAUGGAGUCGGUGAGUGUUUUCGGCUGCACCAGUCCUGUACACACCGCUGGGAAAAGCAGGCCCGACGCGAUCCCCGGGCUUUCCUCGCUGUCUCUGCCCGAGCUGAGCACAAAGAACACGCACUGCAGGAACCUGUUCUCCCCCGGACCCGCCGCCGUGCUGUCCCCUGUCACCAAUCUGGCUCUGGACAUGAACAAUUUAGCUGGACUAGGAAGCCAAUGUGAUACCCCAAAAAGGAGAAAGCACGCAACACUUGAAAAGGUUCCCUCCUUUGCUUCAGACGUCUCAUCUGAUGCUGGCCUCGGCAUGGAUCUCCCCAGCCCCAUGGACGCUGUCGAAAUGGAGGACACGUUUGAAAAAGCCAUUCAACAGUCGAGCAGAAUCAUCAAUGAGAGGAUGCCAAUUCGAAGAAUCCACUCUUUGCCGCUCCAGCUGCAGGGUUUCAGUCCGUCUUUAAAGGGACAAGAACCGGACUCCCACCGCUACGGCGUAUUCGGACAACAUCCCCCCCAGAUGACAGCCUCCUCCAUCUCUCAACGCGACAACAAGGAGAACAUGCCGGAGGAGGGUUUUGAAUUCAAGAAACCAACCAAGCCGGUGUCACGGUGUCGCGGGCGCUCCUUCAACAGCGGUCAGUCAAAGGACGCGUUCGCCCGUCGUCCCAGCUCAGCGCCGGCCCUCAUGUUUUCGUCGCCCCCUUCAGUCCAGCAGUUUGACUUCAACGACUCAAGCCCCAUGUUCCUGAGACGCACCUCCCCAACGUCCUCGCUAAACGACGACGAGGACGACGGCUUCCUGGACGUUCUGGAUGACAACAUGGAGAGCGACUCUGCGAUGCCGAUGGGAAUGGCCAGCCUGCUCACUGCCCCGCUGGUGGCUGACAGCUCAGCAGAGGACUCGCCUGUGAUUCGCUGCCGGCCGCGGAGCCUGUUCCGCUCCCCCUCCAUGCCAAGUCCGGUUUCGUCCCGUCCCGCCGUGAAGCGUCCCGACUGCCCCGCAGACGAAAACACGCCAGUCAGGGUGAAGAGGCGACGCAGCCUGGCAGGAACACAUGUCACCAUCCUGGAGCAAAACCCCGAAUCCCCAAGAAUGGGCUGCUCUCUGCUCCAGAGGUCCAAGUCCUUCUGCCAGACUGACAUCGAGAAGCUGCUGGACGGCGACGACGGCUCCGAUCAGCUGAUUGGAGAUUUCACCAAGCCGUUUGUGCUGCCAACAGUGGACGGCAAACAUCAGGACCUCAAGUACAUUAACCCCGAAACGAUGGUGGCAGCUCUGUGUGGACAGUUCAAUCAUCUAGUGGAGCGGGUCAUUGUGUUGGACUGCCGUUACCCCUACGAGUUUGAGGGAGGACACAUAAAGGGCGCUCUGAACCUGCACCAGGAGGACCAGGUGGAGGACUUCCUCCUCAAAACGCCCAUCGCCCCCUCCUGUGUGGACAAACGCAUCGUCAUCAUCUUCCACUGCGAGUUCUCGUCGGAGCGCGGCCCUCGAAUGUGCCGCUUCGUCAGGGAGCGAGACCGCGCCAUGAACGACUAUCCCAACCUCCACUACCCCGAACUCUACAUCCUCAAGGGCGGAUACAAAGACUUCUUCCCCCAUUUCCAGUCACAAUGUGAACCUCAGUCCUACCGGCCCAUGCACCACGAGGACUUCAAGGAGGACCUCAGGAAGUUUCGCCUCAAGAGUCGCACCUGGGCCGGCGAGCGCAGCAAGAGAGACAUGUACAGCCGGCUGAAGAAGCUGUGAGCGCCUCCUCGUUCCUCCCAAAACUGCCUCCAAAACACACCGCCUCCUGCCAGAGCCCGAGGCCUCGCCCCGCCAGCGAGGAAAUAACCUUCUGGGAUCUCGCCAAACAGAAGGGGAUUUUAUAAAGUCCCGAAACGUUUCAUUUAACUAUAGCAAAGUUAGUUAUUUAUGCGAAUUAAAAGAGGGGAAAGACGUGAUGAUGAACGCCUGAGCUGCAGUGAACAGAUUUCAUAAAGAAGCACGUUUUUUUUUUUUUAAAACCACUCGGACCUGCUGCCGUUUUUAUUCCUUCGCAGCAGGAAUCACUGCCACGUCGCAAUAACAGAACCAAACCACACUGCCGAGUUUGUCUUUCAGUCUCCUCACUGGAUAUCUUUUAUUUUGGUCAUGUCCCUCCUUAUUUAAGCACUUAAUUUAAAUCCCUUGAAAUGGUGAGGUGCUUUUUUUUUUUUUUACACUGCUUUUUAUAUUGUUUUUAAUGAAUUGUUUACCCAAUUUAUUUCUGUGUCCCAAACUGCAAAUUGGAUAUUUUAAUAACGGUGUGAACGGUCUGAAAAUUAACACAGAGCUUUUUUUUCCUCUCCCUCCUGAUCCGCUGCAAUACCUGGUAACUUUUUUUUCUCAGUCAGACACCAAAGCAAACAAACUACCUGUUAACUUUGCAGUGAGAUUUUCUGAUGCUGCAGGUCAGCAAGUGACAGACGAACGUUUUCUUUGUUUUGCUUUGAUUCCUUUUUAAUUUUCAGAGUUAACUUGUCUUCCCCUCUGCAGAGCUGGUGAUGAUGAAUUAUAAUGAGCGGGGUGGUUUGAAUAUUUUUGGGUCGUGGGGGAGCUGCUGAAAUAAAGAGCCGCCGUGUGUUCAUA